AUGGCACUUUGGACUAAGAUUCCCAUAAUCCCAGAUCUCCUCUCCCAGAGUCGCAGUCUCGCCCAGUCGGCCCAGAUCGAGAGUCUUGCCCAGUCGGCCCAGAUCGAGAGUCUCGUCGUCGCCAAUUCUGUUUGCUACAGUGCUACCAGUGGAGGAGCCACGGAGAGAGACAAAGACAGAGAGAGCUGCCGAACUGAGAAAUUGGAGAGUUUUUAUUUGAGAGUUUUGGUGAUAGUGUCUGGGUUUAUGCAUAAUAUCGAGAUUGCUGUUGAUGCCCUUUCCAUCUGUGGUACUCCAUCAAGUGAUAGUGUCGAUGAGAUUAGAAGUGGGAGUGGGAGUAGGAGUAGAAAUGUGACUGAGAAUUCUGUUAAUGAUGUCCCUUUAAACCCUUCUCCAUCUAUUCCACUAGAAGAGUGUCAUAAUGAAAGAAUUGAGAGAGAAGAAAGUUUUGAUGUUAGUUCUCUAGAACGUGAUCCAGGAAUACGGCGUCCAAUAUGCAAGUACCCUUUGAAUGAGCGUGACAAUAUUCGAAGAGCUUAUGUGUUAUCCAUCCCAUCAUCCAGCGCAUUUAUUGAGCAUGGGUUUCAAGGUUGGAAAAAUGUUAUGUCAAAAAAAUCUGGCAUUGUCUCUCACAUGGGAGCCUUAAAUUCCCCACAUAAUAUUGCCAUGCACAAGUGGAAGUCACUAAGAAACCCAUCUAAGCAUAUUGAAAGGGUGAUUAGCACACAAUCAUCACAAGAAGUAGCAAAUAACCGACUCCGGCUUAUUACUACUAUAGAGAGUGUAAGGUUGUUGGCACGCCAAGGAUGUGCUUCUAGAGGCCAUGAUGAAUCGGUUAAUUCAUCUAAUGGUGGCAAUUUCAAUGCGGUUGUGGAUUCCUUUGGAAGAAUGAAUAUAGAUAUUCGCAGAGUCUUACAAAAUGCUCAUGGGAAUGCCAAGUAUACUUCUCCCAUUAUUCAAAAACAAAUUUUACAUAUACUUGGUAACAAAGUUAGAACCAAGAUUCGGGAGGAAGUGGGAGAUGCCAAAUUUUGUAUCCUUGUUGAUGAAGCUGUUGAUGUAUCUAAUAGGGAACAAAUGACUAUCAUUCUUCGAUUUGUUGAUUGUGAUGGGUUUAUUAGAGAACGGUUUUUCAAAGUGCUUAGUGUGGCAGACACUUGUUCUCAAACUCUAAAAGAUGAGAUAUCCAAAGUUCUUACUCAAUAUGAUCUUCAAGUAGAAAAUAUGCGUGGGCAAGGAUAUGAUGGUGCUAGCAAUAUGCGGGGUGAAUUUAAUGGUUUACAAGCUUUGUUUCAUGAAGAGUGUCCAUAUGCAUAUUAUGUUCAUUGUUUUGCUCAUCGCUUACAAUUGACUUUAAAUGCUGCAGCUAAAAGGGUGCAUGAUAGUUGGGAAUUCUUUUCAACUCUAAGUUUGAUUGUAAAUUUUGUUGAUUCUUCUGCAAAAAGACAUUCAGCUUUGAGAGUUAUCAGAGAAGAAGAAAUUGCAGAUUUAGUGGCUGCUGGAGCACUUGAGACUAGUAGAGGUGCUAAUCAGCUUUGCACUUUGCAACGAGCAGGGGCUACUCGUUGGGGUUCACAUCUCCGCUCUAUUUCAAGUUUGAUUAAGUUAUUUGGAGCUACCCAAACAACUCUUGCAGAUUUGGUUGCAAAUGGACCAAAUAAAGUACAAGGAGAAGCAAAGAGUGUAGGAAAUGCAAUGAAGCGUUUUGAUUUUAUUUUUUGCUUGCUUUUGAUGCAUGAUGUCAUGAAGAUUACUGAUUUUUAUGAUAUUAUUAUGCCAGAUAUGUCUGCUCCUUACAAGAAAAGUACAAGGACUUGUGAACAAAAUAUUACAAAUGAGCAUUAUUAUCGGGUCAAUACACUUAAUGCUGUGAUAGACUUUCAGUUGACCGAGUUGGAUAGUAGAUUUGCAGAUAAUUCGUUGGAGCUCCUUAUUCUUAGUGCUACAUUAGAUCCACGUGAUAAUUUUCGAUCAUUUAAAUGUGAAGAUGUUUGCAAUCUUGCUUUGAAGUUUUAUCCUCAUGAUUUUACAUCAUAUGAUAUGCUUGCUCUAGAUAUGGAGUGUGGGUAUUUUCUAGCAUAUAUUCAGAAGGAUCCAAGAUUUGCCAACACAACUACUGUGUCUGAUUUGUGUCGGCGGUUAGUUGAAUCAAGAAAGUCAGCAUUCUUUCCUAUGAUUUAUAGAUUGAUUUGUCUUGUGCUGACUCUGCCAGUUUCUACAGCAACAACAGAGAUAGCAUUUUCAUCUAUGACCAUCAUAAAAAACAAAUUUCGAAAUAAGAUGGAAGAUGAGUUUUUUGAUGAUUUGAUGGUUCUCUACAUCGAAAAAGAAUUUGCCAAUAGCAUUGAUAAUGAUUCUGUGAUUGCUGAGUUUGAAGUGAGUGGGCCUCGGAGGGUACGAUUUAGUUAA